CUGGUGCGGGGCACCAACGUUUUCGGGGUGCUGCGGGCCCCCCGUGCCGCCAGCACCGAGGCGCUGCUGCUGCUGGUGCCCGGCUCCGAGGGCAGCAAGAACAGCCAGGCCGUGGGGCUGCUGCUGGCGCUGGCGGGCUACUGCCGAGGGACACAGGCCUGGCUGGAGGCCUACCAUGAUGUCAACCUUACUGGCAUGCAGUCGGGGGGGCUCCCGGGCCGGGCGGGCGCCAUCCAGGCGGCGCUGGCGCUGGAGCUGAGCUCGGACGUGGUGACCAGCGUGGACGUGGCCGUGGAGGGGCUGAACGGGCAGGUGCCCAACCUGGACCUGCUGAACCUCUUCCACUCCUUCUGCCUCAAGAGCGGCCUGCUCUGCACCUUCCAGGGCAAGGUGGGGCUCGGGACCCUGGAGGGAAUGUUCCGGAAGCUGAACAACCUGCUGGAGCGGCUGCACCAAUCCUAUUUCCUGUACCUGCUGCCCUCGCUGUCCCGCUUCGUGUCCAUCGGCUCCUACGUGCCCGCCCUGGGGCUGCUGCUGCUCGUGCUGGCCCUGCGCAUAUCCGGGUGGAUGUCCCUCAAGCUGCUGGCCCUGCUGGCCCUGGCGCUGCUCCUCUCCUGCCUGGCCCUGCUCAACUUCUCCCUGGGCUUCCUGCUGGGUGCCACCCUCGUGCCACCCGCGGCCGCCGUCAGGCCCGGGGGCAGCAGGCUGCCCCUGGCCGUUCUCCUGGUGCUGACCACGCCGGGGCUGUCGCUGUUCCUGGCCGUGCUGCUGGAGCGGGAGCUGCUGGAGGCGCCGGCGGGGCUGGGCGAGGCCUGGCAGCGCUUCCUGGGGGCGCUGGGCCAGGGGCUGCUGCAGGAGCACCUGCACGGGGCACACCUGAGCCCCCUGCUCUGCCUGGGCGCCUACCCCUGCUGGCUGCUGCUCUGGAACGUGCUCUUCUGGAAGUGAGGGACACACGGACACGGGACGGACACACGGAUGGACACACGGACAGAGCCCUGGAUGGACACACGAACACACAGGGCCUGGAUGGACACACGGACAGAGCCCUGGAUGGACACACGGACAGAGCCCUGGAUGGACACACGGACACACAGGGCCUGGAGGGUGUCCAGGCCCCCGGACAGACACACGGACAAACCCAUAGAGCCCUGACCCGGCCCAGCCCAGGAGUCCCAAAAUGGGGAGAGGGAGGGGCGGGGCCUGGAGGGGCGUGGUUUGUAAGGGCGUGGUUUGUAAGGGCGUGGUUUGUAAGGGCGUGGUUUGUAAGGGUGUGGUAUAAAGGGCGUGAUUUG